UGCUUGGUGGGAUCGGACGUGUCCAUCAGUUAGUGCCGACGGGUGUGAUAGGAGAAUCCAUAAAUAAUGUCUUAAUUUAUUUAAAAUUUCGAUACAAGUGCAUUGAGUUUGGUAAAAGUGAACCGUCUCUUGAUUGAGAAUCCGAAAAGCUAAGGAUUACACGGCUGUUCAAGCGGUCGCGGAAAAAUAUCAUCAUGAAAGGAGUUAACUCGUUCAACUGUACGCUGUUGAUAAUCGUUUGCGCGUUUUUCCGAGUUUACAACUCCGUUCACAUCACCAACCUCGAUGUGCCGCGAACGUAUAUCCUCGAGAGGGAGGAGUUUAUCACUGCCUUCCCUGUAGGACAUCGACGACAACCGUUGGUUCAGAUUGAGCCCGAGCCGGAUGAUGAUGGUGGCAGCAGUUCAACGGCUUCGUCUAUUCCUGAAACAAACACCACUGCCACAGCUAGCACUAGUAGCAGUACUAAUAACGGCGAUGAAGUGAGAAAUUCUCACGAGAUUAAGCCGCUGAUAAUGGACUGCCAGUAUGAGAUCAAGGCUAACGAGUGUGGUUUCGUGCUGAAAUGGUACUUUAACAGAAAGUUAAUUUAUCAGUGGAUUCCGGCACGGAGCCCCGUAGGAAUGAACCAAUUCAAAAGUGAACUUCGGACCAAUUACUCGAUGUCGGACCUGACCAACUACAAGUACCGGGCACUGGUCAUACAACACCCGAAACUGAACCACAGCGGGGAGUACAUGUGCUCCGUGCAAACGUACGAAUCGUUUGAUCGGAAGGCAGCUCGAUUUCAAAUCGUCGUGCCAGAGAAGAUGCUGCUACUCCACUACGAGAACGAUGCCGAAAAGGAGAACAUGCUUCUGAUAAAGUGUAGCGUUUUUAUGAUUUAUCCCGAACCAAAUAUGGUAUUGGUCGUAAGCGGCGAUUUGCUUCUAGUCAGUUCACGCACGGUGGUCGUAUCGGAUGGACACCGCAUGUACAACAAAACCAUUUAUGGUUUGAUCGACAAGCAUUUGUUAAUAUCACCAACCUCGAUCGGGUGUGUUCUAACGGUGGCUGGAUCCAGUUACGUUCGAAAGCGUGAAACAAUUUAUUACGAUCCAACGCAACUGACUAGCUGGAGCCGCCUGCGAAUGGAUGAGCAAGGACGUUUCGAGAUUAGCGAUGGCUCCGGUCGUUCGAGCGUGUCGUUCCCGAUGACAGCAAUGAUUGCGUUAUGUUUGCUCUUCCAAUGGUAUUUCUAAAAGUGAUAUUUGAAUGUAGGAUUAAAUUAAUUUCUAUACGGGUAGAGAAGAUAGAUAGCAAAACGUUUA